AUGAAGGUCACCGCGCUAUCGCUGUGGAAGCACAACGGCGAUGACGCGGACCCGCACGCGCUGGGGCACGCGUGCGACGUCGCUGAGUUUGGUUUUUUCCAACGCGCGAGCGUGCGAGAGAUGCUCAUCUUCAUCUCCCGCACGGUGGCCAAGCGAACGCCGAUCGGGGCGAGGCAGAGCGUGGAGCAGGACGCGUACAUGGUGCACGUGUCGAAUAAAGGUGGCUUGGUCGCCGUGGCGGUGAUGGAUCGAGAGUAUCCGUCGAGAAGCGCGUUUUGCGUCUUGGCGAAGAUGAUGGAUGAGUACGAGACGCGGGCGUUCGGGGCGAAUUGGCGAGCGACGACGGCGGACUCGGACGCGAGCGCGGAGAUGUUGGAGGAGAUGUUGGUGAAGUUUCAAGACCCGAGCGCGGCGGAUAAGAUUUUGAAGAUUCAGCGAGAGUUGGACGACACCAAGGUGGUGUUGCACAAGACGAUCGACGGCGUCUUGGCGCGAGGGGAGAAACUCGAUAAUUUAGUGGAUAAGAGCACCGAUCUGUCACUGGCGAGUCAGAUGUUUUACAAGCAGGCGAAGAAACAAAAUCAAUGCUGCACGAUGAUGUGA